CUCUUUGCCCAUCCAGCUGAUUUUGGCAGGCCCCCAGAAUUGACAACACAAAAACGAAAGAUUCCGGGAGAUGGCUGUUCCAGUGAAGGCCUAACAACCGAGUCCUAGGAAGACACUUUCAAGGUUCGCGGAUGGCGACUCUGUAGAGUGUAGACCACCUGGAAAAGUCCACCAGCACACAAAGGUUAUUCGAGUGUGGAAGAGGUUCUAUAGUCGUUUGGCCAUGUCGAAGCAGUUGCUGGAAUCUGAAGAGCGCUAUCGCCGUCGCAACGCAGAGCUGCAGGCUCAGACGGCGGAGCUGAUGAAGGAGGUAGAGGCGGUUAUGAAAAUACAAGAGCGCGUCUCCCGCCGGUUGGAACAGGAGCCGCUAGACCUCCAAGCAGAAGAGAAAGGAAACGCGGAGAGGAGCAAACCGAGCAGCGCUCGCAAGCCGCCUGCCUCAGGCCGCGCUGUACCGCCGCCACCUGCCGCUCCUCCCAAAGCGGCCCGAAAGGCGCGGCAAGCUGACGGCGACGAGUGGGAAGGCGUCCCGCGGCUGCUGGCCACCAAGCUGACGCAGCUGCGCGGCGAGCUGGACGCGCUGCGCGACGCCCUGUCCGCCAAGACGGAAGAGUGCCGCCGCCUGGAGGCAGGCCGCGCGCAGCUGCGGGCGCAGCUGGAGGCGGCGCGGGCGCGCUGCCAGAGGCAGGAGCGGGCGGCGGCCGACGCGGCGGCAGAGGCCAAGGGCCGCGACGCGCAGCUGGCGGAGGCGCGGGCGGAGGCGGCAGAGCUGCGCGCGCAGCUGCGGAAGGCGCGCGCCGAGGCGGAGGCGGGCCGCGCCAGGGCCGCCCGCCUCGAGGAGGCCGCGGAGGCGGCGCAGGCCGAGAGGCGGCGCGCUAGCCAGGAGGCGGAGGCGGCCAGGGCGCGGGAGGCGGCGCGCGCCGCGGCGGCGCAGGAGGCGGCGCGCAGGCUGGGCCGGCAGCGCGCGGAGGCGGCGAGGCUGGCGCGCCGGCAGGCGGCGCUGCUGCACAACCUGCGCCGCCAGCGCGACCUGCUGCUGGGCGCGCGGGCGCUGCGGGCCACCAAGGAGGAGUUCGCACGGCUUCUCGACUGGCCCGACUCCCUGGACCCCCGCCGUCUCGCACCUCUAGGCUGA